AUUUUCAAUGCCAACAGUGCGCGGUUUCCGCUUUUUAGACGAUGACUGACUAUAAAAGGACUCUUAAAACUUGUGCGUCUCAAACAAGAGCUCUUCUGACGAUUUUGAAGGAGGAAAUCUUGAAGAUGGCCAAGUUGGUGAUUGUGUUGUUGGCGGCGGCGGUGCUGGUGGCGUCAGUGGUGGCGCAGGACGAGGACGACGUGUCUGCCGCAGCGGCCGACGUUGAACUGCGUCGGCCGGUGCGUCGCUUAUGGCUUAUACGUCUAACGCCCCGUCCGCCCCGCCUUCCGCGGCCGAAUCUUCCUGGCGACAUCCCCGACCCAGGUGGAUGGUCUACGCAGUAGAUGAUUUCAGCAAUUUUUCACUCAUUUGUUGCAAAAGUCAUUUAAUAAAUUUGAAAUUUUGGUAUACAAAAAGAUAAAUGUUUUAAAUGUUUUUUUUUUCAAUUUUAUAAAAUAUUCAGUGCCGAGAUAAAAUCAAAUUUAUCAAAUUAAUUAUGUGUGCCGAGAUAUUGAAAUAAAUUUUAUCAAAAAGAGCAUUUUUAUCUGUUUUUAAAAUUUUAAAAGGAAAUAGUCUAAAAAAAUCUAAAUUUAAAAGACUGGAACGUAUUUUCAACGUAUGCCCUUGAAAAAUAGAGGAACAAGCGUGAUUUGGGAAUGGCAAAUCACGUUAAUAGAAAAAUUAUCUGGACACCAAAAUUGAAGUAUCUAAUUGCAAUAUCAGGGUAACUUUUUGGUGUCAUCAAUAUUCGGCCGAGAAAUUUUGUCAUCAUAAAUUUUUGUCCACUGCACACAAAAAUUGUUCUUGUUCAUUUUAUAGCUUAUUGUUAAUGAAAUAUUUAAAACUUUUCA